AGUUCCCCUUUGACGAACAGACUACAUUUCCCAGAACUCUCAGCUCAAAACAGCAGUGGCACGUGUUUGAGCAUGGCGGCCCCCACUAAAAAGAUGGCUGGUGUUUCUGAAGACUCCAGCAGCAGCGACGAUGAAGUGUUGAGAAGAUGUCAGGAGGCCGUUUGGGAAAUACCAAGUGACAAGAAGAAAGAUGGGAACAGCAAUGUGCAACAGUCAAAGCGUUUUGUUGUCUCUGUCCAUGAUCACGAUGGCAACGAGCUCCAGGUCACCCAAGGGUUUCGAACACACGUCGCUAAAAAGUUGGGACAUCUUCUUGACAGUUGCUUUACAGAGAUGAAGACUGAAACUUCAUCCUGUGUGGAGUCAGGAAAAUGUGAUGAUGAUGAUGAUGAUGAUGAGGGCUUUCGGCUGUUUUCUACAUCAGUCCCGGGACAGGCAGCUGUAGAAGCCCCAGCACCUGUUAGACGUCGGCCUGUUCCCAGCUCAAGUGACAGCGACAGUGAGAUGGAAAUUAGGCUAAGGGAGGCGGCAGUGUCUGUCAAAGAUCUCUUGCCCUCUUUGUCGCUGCCCUCUACACUCUCCUCUUCCCACAUCUGCUCUUCCUGCUCAGAAAAUAUAAAUACAAAUAAAAAAGAGGAAGAGGAGGACCAUGUUGUUAAGAAGAAGAAAAAGAGGAAACAGAAACAACAGGAGGUUGAGCAGGUAGACUCUGCAGGUUCCUCUGUUAAUGGUGAGCAUGGGAACUCUGAACACAAACACACGCAGGUCAAAGUAAAGCGGAAAAAGAAAAAGAAGCAACACACAGGCGAAGAAGUAUGAAGUGAAUUUCUUAUGACUUAUCCGCCACUGUUUUGGGAUGUUUGUUAUCCGUUCCCUCACAAGCUUGAAAUAUAUUUUGAAAAGGUUUUGAGUAUAUUUUGUGUUUCAGAACCUGAAUCAUUUACAUAACAUUAAAACUGUUUCUGAACAAAAAACUAAUUCUCAUUAAAAAAUCUUUUCAAACUAA